UUCAUAUAGGAAGCCGGCUCGCAGAGGUGGGGAAACUCUGGACUGUGGAGUAAGUUUUAGGGCGAAAACUAGGUUUAGUUACCACCAGUUGAUUGCAGGAUGGAUUGGAUUAAGGAAUUGAGGGAUCCAAAAUACACGGCAGCGUUCCAGCAGUGGUGUGGAGUGGUACCUCUCGGCCGGGUUGUGGUCGACAACAACAAUUUACAAGAUGGAGGUAGUAAGUUCGACGCGGUGAGGCCCAAUGGGGUGAAAAACGGUUACCAUGCAACAAACGGGUUGAAAGCAAGACCUACAAGACACUCAGGUGAGAACGGAAUUCAGGUAUCCAAUGGACACGUAAAGAGUGUGGAAGAUGAAAUAUGCAAACACAAAUAUGUUAAGACCAGUGGUGGACUCCAGUACGCCAUUUCAAACAAGCCCCUGUAUUUGAUUUUUCGCCUUGGAGCCCUCAUGGGGAACGAGGAGUUCUUUCUUGGAUUUUUUCCGUUUUUUCUGUGGAAUGUUGACAGUGUCGUGGCUCGCCAAACCAUUAUCAUGUGGUCUUUAACAAUGUACCUUGGCCAAGCGGCCAAAGACGUAAUUAGAUGGCCUAGACCACCCUCUCCACCUGUAGUUCGACUGGAAAUAGAGCACAGCGGGGAGCACGGCAUGCCGUCAACUCAUGCCAUGGCGGGCACUGUCAUUCCAUGCGCACUCUUCCUCCUUAUCCACGAAAGAUACGAGAUAUCUCCAUACCUGUGUGUUACUGCUGCCGUGGUGUGGGCUGUGGUUGUAUGCCUCAGUCGGCUGUAUCUGGGGGUGCAUUCUGUGGCGGAUGUUAUGUGUGGCAUUGGCUCGUCUCUGCUCCUGAUGGCCAGCAUCUUGCCUUACCUGGGCAAAUGUGACUGGUACAUUCAAACACAUAUCUCCUCGCCGUUUGUGCUUUUGGUGCUCAGCCUCGCCCUCUGUACUGUCCUGUACCCAGCCUCUAAGGGAUUCUCCUCAAGGUCAAAUGCAACGGAGAUCUUGGCUGCCUCGGCCGGAACGCUCACUGGCUGCUGGGUUUUACAUUACACCGGCAUUACCAAAGUCGUGCAAACCGCUGGACUCCACCCAGUCAUCUACCCAACUCUAGACUGGGUUGCUUAUUCCCUUGUGCGCUUUUCCAUUGGGGUGGUCUCAUUGGUGACGACAUAUUUCAUCACUGGAAAAUUUGCUGCAUGGUUAGUUUCCUAUAUGGUGGGCCUGGAAAAAACUGAUAAAAAACACCCAUCUGUGAUUAUCCCUUACAAAUUCAUCACCUACUACACAAUGGGCCUUGUUCUCAUGGCGUUGGUGCCAAACAUCACCAGAUGGUUGGGCAUUUGCCGCAGUACCUUCUUCGGAGAAGUUUUAUAACAGGAUGGUUUAGCAUCUGUUGAUUCUGUACUGGUCCAGUGUAGUUCAUCAGAGGAUGUUAAUCUAGGCAGGAUAAUAACUAUUGUAUGAAACUGCAUACAAUUGGACUGUUUUUGAAACGACCCUGGCUCACAUGUACGAAGCCCACUUAACGGUACGAACAUGUGACUACCAUGGCAACCAGCAGUGUAGGUAUUACGUCGCCAUGGUUGUUACGUGCUCGUUACGUUAAGUGGGUUUCGUACAAGUGGGCCCAUUUCUGGAGGGAUCAUCAGGGUUAGAAGGUCAGGAUGCAAGUAUCGAAGUGUCUUUAUCAGGUCCAAGUUACCUUAUCGUGGUCAUAGAGUCUGUAUCAGAAUCCUAGUGUCCUGUUCAUGAUUGGGGGUACCAGCUUGUAUGCAUCAUGACCCGAGCAUUCAGAUCAGUGCCUGGGUUUGAGAAUCAAAACUCGAGUAUCACAGUCUAGUGUAUGAGGGCGAUUAGUCAUUAUCUGAAUAUCACGUAUCAACUCUGAGAAUCCAUAAGUCGCUAUAAGUUGUAUCAAGAUCCCCUGAUCAGCGUAUGUGCCUCAAGCUGUCAAGCCUGAGAAUCGCAUCACUUAACUUCCGCUUCCAGUUUGUAUGCAUGAGGAGAACUUUAAAUACAGUGUAGGCUUCGUCAGUUCCUGAUAAUUUGAUUGUGCAUAUCUACAUGUGUAUUGGUCAUCAUUCUCUGUUAUGGCCAAUUUUAAAGCUUUCGAGAGCGUACAUGUCUGUUAGCUAUCAUUGAAAGCGGAAGAAACGCAUAAAGGUUAAACUCCAUGUUAAAAUUAGAAGAGAGAUUCACGAGGAAUGACUGCAAUUAAAAAAAAACCCAUUAAACACCGUUAUUAUCAGCCGAUUCAAAUGCUUUUGAAACUUUGGAUUGUGAGUUGCCCUCUUUGGAACACAGCAAGUAUAAGUCACGUCACAUGUUUUGCUUUAAACAGUUCAUUACAAGAUCUUUUCGGCGAAUGCAUACAUUCAGACAUUUGAAUGUAGAAGUUUAGCGGCCUUUGUGUAUGCAGUGGCAAUAAACCGGAGGUGA